UGUGUUUCGGUAGUGACAAAUUUGAAAAUAUUCCUACAUUAUGAGAAUUAACUGCACAAUUACUAGAAAUAUGUACCUUGGAUAUUAUACAGUUUGCAUACAAACAUACAUAUAUAAACGUUGCUAGAUUUACAAUAGCGUCAUCGCGGGUCCAUCGAGAAUCUGAAUCUGCUGCUUCAAGUCAGAGAUCUAGGAGAAUUCCGAGUUUACAAGGACGUGGAAUCUUAUAAUUCCGACAAAGCUGAACGCACAUUAUUGUUUUCAAAAAGGUUUCCCCGCCUGCUAAUGGUCACAAAUAGCCCCGCCCCAAACCCUUGCCUUUGGUUAAGGCGCACUGUAUCGCUUUACGCGCUAAUACAGAACGCGCGCUCACAGGUGUGUGUUUAUCAUCUCCAAACCACCUCCUGUAACAACUUUCUCCUCCUCGCUUCACUCCUCCCACUCCCUUCAUCUCCGUUUAUCUCUCUCUCCUCCUCCUCCUCGGAACACCCACGCGCUCCUCGAUUCCUCUCCAGUCUCGCGCUAGUGGCUGACGAUGACGCUGACCUUUGCACGCGCGCAAGAAUAUUCAUUAUAUGUGGACAUCUGAGAUUACAUGGAGCGUCCAUCAGUUGAGAACUGCUCGGUUUCUCCCUCCCCUCCAUGCGAUCUCUCGCUUUAUCGCGCGCUCUCGCGUUGCUCUCCAAUUCCGGCGUCCUGUUUCCACCGCGAUGGGAAAUUAAAUAAAGUUGGCCGAGGGCAGCUGGAGCUGUGAAGGAUGUAAUCUGAGGGAAAAGCGGAUCGUGUUUCCAUGCAAAACGCGCAGCCAUGCAGGAGAUCCUCGAGACCUGUUAUCAUCUGCACUGACUCUCUGCCUUCAAUUCUGAACGAUUCACACCGAGGCGUCUGCAGGAUGAAAUCGAAGUGAGUUCGGAAGCGAUCCAUGUCAUGGACGUGUUCAGCUUUGUCAGGAUGCCCAAACUAGCAGGCCACAGGACCAAACCCUCCAGCUGUCCGCCGUCGGCCCCCGGGAGUUGGGCUCCCACACAGGGGCCCCCCAAUGGCUGGGAGAUGGCGUCCUCUAGAGAGGCCCGCGACUGCUACGGCAAUCACCUCUCACAGUCCAGCUCUUUGGAGGAAGUGCGUUUUGAUGUGGAUAAGUUUGUCCCUCCUGCACCGCGAAAGGUGGAAAUGAGGCGGGAUCCGGUGCUCGGCUUCGGCUUCGUGGCGGGGAGCGAGAAACCUGUGGUGGUUCGUUCAGUUACUCCAGGAGGUCCUUCGGAGGGGAAGCUGAUCCCAGGAGACGAGAUCGUGAUGAUAAACGAUGAAGCCGUCAGCUCGGCCCCGCGGGAACGGGUCAUCGACCUGGUCAGAAGUUGUAAGGAGUCCAUCAUCCUGACGGUGGUGCAGCCGUACCCCUCGCCUAAAUCUGCCUUCAUCAGUGCGGCCAAAAAGGCCAAGCUGAAAUCCAAUCCGGUCAAAGUGCGUUUUGCUGAAGAAGUCAUUAUUAACGGACAAGUACCGGAGUCGGUGAAGGAUAAUUCUCUGCUCUUCAUGCCAAACGUGUUGAAGGUGUAUCUGGAAAACGGACAAACAAAAUCCUUCAAGUUUGACUCCAACACCUCCAUUAAGGAUGUUAUUCUGACCCUGCAAGAGAAGCUGUCUAUUAAAAGCAUCGAGCACUUCUCUCUGAUGCUGGAACACAAGAUGGAAGGAUCUGCGACGAAGCUGAUGCUUCUGCACGAGCAGGAGAUGUUAACACAGGUGACUCAGAGGCCCGGCUCACACAAGAUGAAAUGCUUUUUCCGCAUCAGUUUCCUUCCGAAAGAUCCAGUGGAUCUUCUCAGGAGAGACGCUGUUGCCUUCGAUUACCUCUAUGUUCAGAGCUGUAAGGACGUGGUGCAGGAGCGCUUCGGCUCGGAGCUCAAAUACGACACGGCUCUUCGUCUGGCCGCUCUUCAGAUGUACAUCCUGACGCUCAGCACCAAACAGACGCAGAAAGUCUCUCUGAAAUACAUCGAAAAGGAGUGGGGUCUGGCGCAGUUUCUGCCUCCAGCGGUGCUGUCCAGCAUGAAAGAGAAGAACAUCAAGAAAGCUCUCACGCACAUUCUGAAAACCAACCAGAACCUGGUGCCUCCUGGGAAAAAGCUGACGGCGUUACAGGCGAAGGUCCACUACCUGAAAUAUCUGAGCGAUCUCAGGCUUUACGGAGGACGAGUGUUCAAGUCAACGCUGGUCCAAGGAGAGAAACACACGGAGGUGACGCUGCUCGUGGGGCCGCGGUACGGCAUCAGUCAUGUGAUCAACACCAAGACCAACCUGGUGGCCCUGCUGGCCGAUUUCAGCCACGUCAACCGGAUCGAAAUGUACACGGAGGACGAGAGGAACGUACGAGUGGAGCUCCAUGUCUUGGAUGUUAAGCCCAUCACACUUAUAAUGGAGUCCAGUGAUGCUAUGAACCUGGCGUGUUUGACGGCCGGAUACUACAGACUGCUGGUCGAUUCACGGAGGUCCAUCUUCAACAUGGCCAACAACAGCAACACUGCAGGACAUGACUCAAGGGUCAAGCACAACUACCAGGCAAUCGACUGGAAUUAUGCGUCCUGUGGCGGAUGCGACGAGUCCCACCCUGAAUAUGCCAUCUGUGGGCGAAGAGAGUGUGAUAUUGCCCCCAACGUCUCUGAAAUCCACCAGUCGCAUCGUAUGCACAUGGACGAGAAGGCAGAGAGGGCAAGCAGAGGAAGCCACAUGCAUCCACAGCCCUACUUCAAUGUCCCGAAAGGCAAACCUCAAGAGUCGCCCAGAAGCGCCAAGGUGUCCUUCAUAUUUGGUGAUCCUCCCCUGGAAUCUGUGAACCCUCAGAACUUGGGAUACCAAAGACUGAUGGAGGACAUCCCAGAGGUGCUGGAGGAACACCGGUACAUGUAUGCGCAGCAGAAAGACUACAAGCCUCUGGAAGCAUCGAUGGAGGUCGACGGCUUCCAGUACGGUUCCCACAUGGUCUACGGCGAUGCCAAGAUCUUCGGUACAACGGAAGGCAUCGAGGAGCCUUUGCUGCACGAUAUCUGCUACGCCGAGACUACGGACGAUGCCGAAGAUGACGACGACAUUAGUUGCGAGGAGGACAUGAUGAUGAUGAUGAUGGGGGAGAUGAAGGACAAAGCACACUCUCUCCUGUCGCUCUCGGAAUCGAGCGAUGACAUCAUUGACCUCACCUCACUUCCGCCGCCUCCAGAAGGCGGCGAUGAGGAGGACAACGAUGACCUGUUGCAGUCGUUGAACUUGGCAAUAGCCGCUCCGCCGCCCGGGUUCAGGGAUAGCUCGGAUGAAGAUGACCACCAAGACCGUAAAAGCAUAGCUUUGCUAAAAAAUGACAUCCCUGUGUCGCUGAUCGAUUCAGUGCCGACACAGGUGGCCGGUGGGAGCGAGGAAGUGUUCAAUGACGCCGUUGUCUCCACACUACAAGCUCUGGAGGCCUUGGCGGCCUCUGAGGAACAGUCUCACCCACAAUCGGACAAUAGUUCAGGUGUAGAAAUAUCUCGGUCCUUUAGUCCCGAGUCCUCCUCUGAUUCUGGGAAUGAGACAAAUUCCUCCGAAAUGACGGAGAGCUCAGAGCUGGCUGCAGCUCAGAAACUCUCCGAAAACUCUCUGAAAAUGUUAGUAGCCACUGCAGAAGGGUACCAAACUCUAGCCGAAGAGGAGACCGAGUUUCGAUUGGCGGCGUGUAACAUUCGAGAUGAUCCCCAGUCCUCCGCAGUCGCCACUCUUUGCUCGGACCACUUUGAGAUGGAACCGGAAACAAUGGAAACCAAGUCGUUGACGGACUACUUCAACAAAAUGCACAGGGAUGUGAUGAUGGGAAUGCCGAAGAUCGAGGAGCACGAUGGUGGGGGGAAAUCGAGCGCUGAUGCAGAAUCACACGUGGAGGAUCUUGUCGGGAUUUACAACAACUUCAACGGACGAGAUUCCCAGCGUUCAGGUCCCUUUGACAUGGAGAGGAUGUCUUAUGCAUUUCACGAAAGCAAUCAAAGAUUGCAUAUGAUUCUGAAUAAUAAAUCCGAAGAGCACAUUUACUCCGAGGUGGCUGGCGAUAGCGGUCUGUUGCACACCGACGGGGUUACGCAAAAAGUCACUUUGGAGGACUCCACGGACUUGAACGCAACUUCCCCCGCCAAAGAACAUUUUCUGAUCGAGCGAGCCCGGAAUGAGCAUCAACAGAGCAAGGCGGCUUCUUCCGAACAAGAGGUGACGCGGUUGUACGAGUACCACUUGUCCAAAAGGAUGUCAUCUUUACAGAGCGAGGGUGUUCAUUCCCUGCAGAGCUCCCAGUGUUCGUCCAUCGAUGCCGGCUGCAGUACGGGAAGCAGCAGCUGCGUGACGCCAAUGGAUUCUCCUCUGUGCACGGUCGAUAGCGUCCACCUGCACACGGAGUCCUCUCUGAAAGGUCUUGGCUAUCCAAAUCAGAAUGUAGAUGGAACGUUUUUGCGGAAACACCAUGGACAAGCUGGCACAGAGUCGGGCCGAGAGGGAUGCCAAAGGUUGCCCAAGAUCAGAGAAACUACAGUCUAGCAUGCUGCAUAUGGAGAUAAAACCGAAGAAUCGUCUUCUGCUAUACGAUACGUCCAUAUUCAUCCAUAGCACAGUUUCCUAUGUGCCAAACCAGAGGUGAUCGGAGGUCUUGAAUGCUUCCCUGUUUAUUCUUGCACUUGGCCUCAAACGACCCCCGCUCUGGUUGCCUCAGGGAGGCAGAAAGGGAAUCUUAAUAAGACAACUAUUGGCUCAGGGAGCAUUGACAGUUUUUAUGGAAACUGCAACAAGUAUGUAGAUGGUCAUAAUCACACAGCCAACCCUGGACGGAGCUGAUUACAACUCUGUCAUUCUUAAAGUCAACAUGAAGCUCAUUUUACUUCUGUAACGUGACAUUUUGUUGUAUCCACUGGUGUUAUUUAUUGGAUUGCGAAGACAUUCCAUACCAGGAUGAAAUCUGGUGGUUGGAGGGAAUGAGCUGAAAAAUAAAAGGAAUUUAUUGUUAGUCUUUGGAAUAGAGCGCUGCAGUGAUGCCGUAUUUUUGUAGGCAAAACCGUAUCAUCCCUCGACAUAACCCAAUAUUAUCAGUCAUAUUGUGUUUAUAUGAUUAUACUACCUUCUACAUUGUCUGCAUGAUGUUACGGUUCUUUUUCCUUUGAUUUCUUGGCUCAAGAUGAUUCAAUUGCACCCUAUGAUGUCAUUUUCUGUCCUGAAAAUGUUUCCCCGAUUUUGAAUUUUCCAAAAAAUCUACCUUUUCGAACUCCUCCUAGGCCGUAUCUCCAGUAUUCACAAAAAUUGAACCAGAUCAUCUUCAGACCAUGCCGACAAAAAGUUAUAGAAUUCAAGUCAUUUCAUUAAACCCUUCCUGAAUAAAGCACAAAUGAAUUUGGCAAAGUGCCCGCCGUUACUCAAAAAGUUUUGGGGCAGCGCCACCUAGUGGUCAAAAGUUAUAAUGAAAUUUCAAAAAAAUGCUAAUAACUUUUGACUAAAUUGACCUAUUGUAAUGAAACUGGUCUCAAUAGAUUCCUUGAGUCAAUCAGAGAACAUAGAUACCAAACUUCCUGAUCAUCCAAUUGAACCAUAUUCAUCUUCGGAAAAAGUCGAAUUGUCAAACCGUUCUCGAAUAAAGCGCGGACAAAUUUGAUGAAGCGCCCUCCAAAAGGAACAUGAGGCUUUAUCUCCGCAACACUUUAGCAUAUUCUGACCAAAAUUGGUGUGUGUUAUAAAAACCAUGAUAUGAGGAUACCUGCACAGUUUCGGCGCAGUGCUACCAAGUGGUCAGGAGAUAUGAAAAAUGGCUAUUUUUGCUUAACUUCUGAAAGGUUUGGCCAAAAAUCACAAAGAUUCAGUGCAUCAUGCCAAGUCGAAUGAUACUCAGUUUUCCUGUAUCGGCCAUUUUGGGUGUUGGCCAUUUUGAAUUUUGUCAUAAAAUGCUAUAUUUUAGAAUGCAUUAACGUAUUGUUACAAAACUCUGUAUGGGUCUUUGGCAGUACUCAAAAAGUUUUGGGGCAGCGCCACCUAGUGGUCAAAAGUUAUAAUGUAAUUUAUUUUAAAAAAAUGUUUGGCCAAAAAUCACAAAGAUUCAGUGCAUCAUGCCAAGUCGAAUGAUACUCAGUUUUCCUGUAUCGGCCAUUUUGGGUGUUGGCCAUUUUGAAUUUUGUCAUAAAAUGCUAUAUUUUAGAAUGCAUUAACGUAUUGUUACAAAACUCUGUAUGGGUCUUUGGCAGUACUCAAAAAGUUUUGGGGCAGCGCCACCUAGUGGUCAAAAGUUAUAAUGUAAUUUAUUUUAAAAAAAUGUUUGGCCAAAAAUCACAAAGAUUCAGUGCAGCAUGCCAAGUCGAACGAUACUCAAUUUUCCCGUAUCGGCCAUUUUGAAUUUUGUCAUAAAAUGCUAUAUUUUAGAAUGCCUUAACGUAUUGUUAUAAAACUCUGUAUGGGUCUUUGGCAGUACUCAAAAAGUUUUGGGGCAGCACCACCUAGUGGUCAAAAGUUAUAAUGAAAUUUAAAAAAAAUGCUAAUAACUUUUGACUAAAUUAACCUAUUGUAAUGAAACUGGUCUCAAUAGAUUCCUUGAGUCAAUCAGAGAACAUAGAUACCAAACUUCCUGAUCAUCCAAUUGAACCAUAUCAUCUUCGGAAAAAGUCGAUUUGUCAAACCGUUCUCGAAUAAAGCGCGGACAAAUUUGAUGAAGCGCCCUCCAAAAGGAACAUGAGGCUUUAUCUCCGCAACACUUUAGCAUAUUCUGACCAAACUCGGUGUGUGUUAUAAAAACCAUGAUACGAGGAUACCUGCACAGUUUCGGCGCAGUGCCACCAAGUGGUCAGGAGAUAUGAAAAAUGGCUAUUUUUGCUUAACUUCUGAAAGGUUUGGCCAAAAAUCACAAAGAUUCAGUGCAGCAUGCCAAGUUGAACGAUAUUCAAUUUUCCUGUAUCGGCCAUUUUGGGUGUUGGCCAUUUUGAAUUUUGUCAUAAAAUGCUACAUUUAAGAAUGCAUUAAGGUAUUGUUACAAAACUCUGUAUGGGUCUUUGGCAGUACUCAAAAAGUUUUGGGGCAGCGCCACCUAGUGGUCAAAAGUUAUAAUGAAAUUUCUAAAAAAUGCUAAUAACUUUUGACUAAAUUAACCUAUUGUAAUGAAACUGGUCUCAAUAGAUUCCUUGAGUCAAUCAGAGAACAUAGAUACCAAUUCUGCCACAGUCAGCCAAACGUCCUGUCCGCCAUUUUGAUUUUCUUUAAAAAUCUAUUUUUUCUAACUCCUUCUAGACCGUUGGUCUGCUUUUCACAAAAAACGACUUUCAUCAUCUUCAGACCAUGCCGACAAAAAGUUAUCAAUUUCAAGUCGAUUCGUCAAACUGUUCUCAAAUAAAGCGCAAUCGAAUUUGAUGAAGUGCCCUCCAAAAGGAACAUGAGGCUAUAUCUCCGCAACGCUUAAGUGUAUUCUAAUCAAACUUGGUGUGUGUUAUGAAAACUAUGAUAUGAGACUACCUGCACAGUUUCGGAGCAGUGCCACCUAGUGGUCAGGAGAAACGGCUGUUUUUGCUUAUAAUUGAAUGGUUAUGGUUAUGGAGUUAUGGAUUUCAUGUCAAUAGGCGAACCCAUUUUUGUAUACCACAGCAAUGAAUUUUGAGGCUGAGGCUGUAUUUCUGCAAUGCUUUGGCAUAUUGACACCAAACUUGCAUGUGUCAGAAGUGCUAAAAUGCAACUCGUUUCUGGGUUUUGGCCUACAAAAAUAUUUCAUCCCUGCAGCACUCUAUAACAAAUGCACACUAAGAAAGUAAAUUGAGUGAAUUUUGAUUUCUUGUUGACUUUAAUCUGCUGAAGUGUAAGUGAAUGACAGGCGGUUGGACAUUACCGAAGUCAGCACAAGACAACAGGCUUUCUAUUUAUGUCAAGCAUUGGAACAAGGCAAGUCCAUCUCCUUAUUCUUUCGGAUGACAUACAUAAGAACUGUGCAUUGCUCUGAGAGGUUCUUGCACUGGUCACUUAAUACGUCUAUUUUAGCCACAUUUGUGUGCAAAUUCUCAAGACUGCAUGUGCGGAGCUUUUCUGCUCUGAUGAUUUUGUUUUUUUACGCAGCAAAAGGACAUUUUCAAAGUGCUAGUUGGACUUAAAGCGAUUCAGGAAGUCACUUUAUUUUCUCUUGUGUGGAGGCUUUGGAAAGUUAUUUUGAUGACCAAAGCAAAACUACAUUUGCUGUUGUAGCAAUGGCCAUGUGUCAAAAAUCACUGCUUUUAUUUAUUUAGCCAUAGUAAAGCCAUAUGAUAUUACACAUACCUUUGUCAUCAAGAUAAUCUGGCCAUUGCGAUCCACUGUGAUAACAGUGCUUGUGUAUAUUUUGUGUAAUAUGUAAAAUGAAAGGGAAGUAUUCUACAAUACAUAGAAUUUUUAAAAGACAAUAUAUAUAUAUAUAUAAUAUAAACCACAUCACCUUAUAGAUGCAUCCUUUUUGUUCCAUGUGUUUAUUUCAGUCGCCAUAACUGAAGAGCUUCACUUUCAAAGACAUUUUAGCCACUAUACGAUCUGUAAACUGUAUUAUGUUCGCGACUUGCACCGUUUGAUUUGCUGUUUGGCUAAUGCAAACAUUUACUGAAAUAAUUUAAAGUCAACAUCGUUUCCAGUGCAACAAAAAAAAAAAAUAUUUUAUCCAUCAGGAAUUGGUUGGAUGUUGAAAGUAAUCAUUUCUGAAGUUGGUACAUUUUGAUGAAAGAUUAUUAUUAUGAAUAACGUGCACAGAUGAAUCAUUCACAAUAUGACCAGGAAAGGUCCGUUUUGAUUUCAUGUUGACUUUAAAUGAUAAAUGUAAUGUAUUUUAUUUGAUUCAUCUCCAUUAAAUAUUUCAGCUUGGA